GGGCUUGCCUCGUCGACCGCGUUCCCAGCGGUUUCCCCGCUUGCUCCUCGUUGUCGUCCUUUCAUUUUCCUCGCCUCAUACCCCCACCAUGUUCCGGCUCCCGACCCUCGUCUCUCUUUUUGCUCUUGCGGCCACCAAGGUUGCGCAGGCUUCGCCUUGUGUAUCAUUCGACGCGAGUUUCAAUCUUCUCGUCUUCGGUCUCGACGGAAAAGACUGGAAUGCAGGAACUCAAGGCUCCUGGUCGAGUGGUAGCGCUACCGACAUCACUACCUCUGGACGUCCGUCGUUUGACGGCUCCAACACGACCUGCUACCUCUCGCAGUACUACAACGCCGUUUACGUGAUGAACGGCGACUCCUCCGACGCUUCGGCGGUCUACAUUUACGAUGCCGCCAAGAAGUCGUGGUCCACACAGUCCGUCACGACUGGCAAGUUUGAUCCGUCCAACUUUGUUGCCGUCCUCGACCACGACACGAACGUAUUCUAUGCCAUCUCUGGCACCGACCUCUUUUUCCUCAACAUGGGCUCCGAGACGAAAGCCAACUCCUCCGCACUCUCGUGGACUGACGUUGAGACGGACCCCUUCCCGUCCAGCUACACGAAGCCUGUGAUGGCGCUUGCCCAGAACCACAUUCACUUCCUCGAUGUUCCGAACGUAUCCGCCGGCGAUGCCAAGAUCUUCGUCAUUCACUACUCGUACUUCCAGCCCGACGCACAGUCGUACCCCGCUUCGAGCGGCAACUCUUUCCCGGCGGCACACGGGAAGACGGCCUCGUUCUUCCAGAGCGAGGGUGUGCAGCAGGAGUUCGCUUUCAUCCCCGACGACGGCUCGGCGACGUACGUAAUCAACGUCGAGAACAACUCGACCACCUCGUACACGGGCCCGACUUCCAAGGAUGCCAACUCGGUCUACGCCGCCUCGAUCAACGCGCUCGUGCAGCUCGACAGCUCUGGCAACCUCUACUUCUUCCCGUACACCGAGGGCGACGUCUCCGCGAAUACCGCUGCGGCGUGGACGAAGGUUCAGGCCGUCGCCUCAGUCGCCCCGGCGAGCUCUGCGGGUGCGAGCGCGACGGGCAGCCACUCUGGCUCUGCUGGAGCGUCGGGAAGCGCGACGGGCUCGGCGGGAGGCGCUUCGUCGACCGGUGGCUCGAGCAGCGGCGCUACUGGUGCUGUGGUGAGCCGUGGGUUGGCUGCUGCUGGUGUUCUGGGCAUCGUCGGCUACCUACUCUAAUAUUCGGACAUUGGCAAGACGUCAGGACUCCUACUAAUAUAGUGCCGAGACCCUUAUAUUGAUCCGCGUUUCUGUGG